AUGCGCAGGCUAUACAUUGAUCAAAAGAAGCCAGACAGACUCGCCGAGCAUCUUAAGCUUCUCGAUGGCAUGGAAGAAUACCAACAACCAGCGGGUGAUCGAUUCUACGCCGCAAACUAUCCUCAUACAAACGGACAAAAUUGCGACCAAUGUGAUACUCACUCAGUGGUGGAUCGCCCCGCACGCCGGAACCAUCGUAUGCUACACUUUCACUACGGCAAUAUUGCAUCAGGAAAUUAUGUACCCAAGGAUGUCAUUAUUCAGGAUGAAUAUUCAAAUGACCCUAAGUUGAACGUUCUGUGA